AACCGGGCCUGCUUUCUCGCAGAAACGCAACGUCUUCUUGAAUCCUUCGUCUCUCCGAGCGAGUGAGAGAGAAAAAAAGGAAAGCUCAGCCUCCGCCAUGGCCUUUCGCAGCGCACCGGCGCAAUUAAGCUUUCCAUCAUCUUUCACAACCAUCUCCGUCGCGCCACGCCGCUUCAGCGUUAGAAUGUCCAACCAGUCACCAAAAACCAUCUUCACCUCCGCCACAAAGCUACUCUGGGGCCCAUCUCUCCCUCCGGGUCUACUCAUCUCUACCGCUCGAACAGCCUGGACCACCGUCUGGCAGCUCAUGAUGACCCAGCUCGCUCCAUCGGACUCAUCCGGGUCAUACACCCGACCCACUUCCCAAUUCCGCCUCAACCCGACCCAAUUCCCUUCCGCCGCUUCUUCGGAGCUCCAUCUCUACGUCGGGCUCCCUUCCUGGGCUCACCGAGCUCUAAUAGUACGCGCUCUCAAGGGCUUAGACGACGCCGUAUCUGUUUCAAUCGCAUCACCGGGUCAAGACGGUUCGUGGGAGUUCAAGGAUAACAAUAUCCCGAUCAAGGAUAAGGAUAAACUUAUCCCCGGUUUGGAUAAGGUUAACCGGUGUCGGAAUCUGAAGGAAGUGUACAAAUCGAGAACCGGUGGUUAUGAUGGGAGAUGUACAGUUCCGAUGCUGUGGGACUCGAGGAAGAAAGAUGUGCUCUGUAACGAAAGCUACGAUAUCAUCGAGUUCUUCAACUCGGGUCUUAACGAAUUCGCCACAAACCCUAGCUUGGAUCUCACGCCACCAGAAUUGAAAGGAAAGAUUGAAACUUGGAAUCAGAUUGUGUACCCUAAGGUUAACAAUGGCGUUUACAGGUGUGGAUUUGCGCAGAGUCAAGAAGCGUAUGAUGGAGCAGUGAAUGAACUUUUUGAUACCUUUGAUGAGAUUGAAGAUCACUUGGGUAGUAACAGAUAUUUGUGUGGAGAAAGGUUGACACUGGCUGAUGUAUGUCUAUUCACAACUCUGAUUCGCUUUGAUCCUGUUUACAACAUUCUCUUCAAAUGCACCAAGAAAAAGCUCGUUGAGUACCCUAAUCUCUACGGCUAUUUGCGCGAUAUUUACCAAAUUCCUGGUGUUGCCGCUACUUGUGAUAUUCCCGCUAUAAUGGAUGGGUACUACAAAACGCUAUUUCCUCUAAACGCAAGUGGAAUCCAACCGGCCAUUUCUUUAUCUGGCGAUCAAGAUUCUCUCUUGAUUCCCCAUCACAGAGACUCCGUGGGUAAAGCCGUUCAAGCACAGCAUGCGGUUUAGAACGGUGGAAAACUGUACCUAGUCGAUGUGUACAAAUAUAUGUAAUGAACCAAAGCUCUGGUUGUGUUCUGAACUGUAGAUCACCCUUGUACAUGAAGAGAAGUGAAGGGUUCUACAAAUACUUUUAAUGGGAGCCUCAUCUUUUGAGUUGAGAUCACUA